CCUGCCUCCUCUCCACCCGUCCUCCUCCUCUCUCUCUCUUUCUUAUUCCCCUCGCGGAGCGCGAGCGCAGACCAGCAGAGGAGGAGGAGGAACAGGGGGGAGAGAGAGAGAGAGAGAGGGAGCCCUAGCCCUGGCCCGGCGCCCCGUCGCUAGGGUUAGGGUCUCCCCCCCAGUUUCCCGCCCUCCCUUCGUCGCCUCGUCUCGUCUCGUCUCACGAUCCGUCCGCCGGCGCCCUGCGGCGUGUGCGCUUUUCGUCCUCGCCGGCCCGGCCCGGCGCCGGCAAAUGCCGUGUGUCUGACCGUGUCCAUUCGGAGGCGGGCUUGGUGUUGUCGUUGCCGCCCUUACCUUACGGUACGGGGGAGCUGAGGAGAUUCUGGGCGAGAUCCGGUGAGCGGCGAGAUGCAGCAGGAUCAGCGCAAGAAGAGUUCCGCAGAGGCCGAGUUUUUUACGGAGUACGGCGACGCAAGUCGAUACAAGAUUCAGGAAAUCGUUGGAAAGGGCAGCUAUGGUGUCGUGUGCUCCGCAAUAGACGUCCACACCGGAGAGAAAGUGGCGAUAAAAAAGAUACAUGAUAUCUUUGAGCACAUAUCUGAUGCUGCACGGAUUCUCCGUGAGAUCAAGCUUCUGAGGCUCUUAAGACAUCCUGACAUUGUUGAGAUCAAGCAUAUUAUGUUGCCUCCAUCGAGAAGAGACUUCAAAGAUAUUUAUGUCGUUUUUGAGCUCAUGGAGUCUGAUCUCCACCAGGUUAUAAAGGCUAAUGAUGACUUGACAAAGGAGCAUUACCAGUUCUUUCUUUACCAAUUACUCCGGGCUCUGAAAUACAUUCACACUGCUAAUGUUUAUCACCGGGACCUAAAGCCAAAGAAUAUAUUGGCAAAUUCCAACUGCAAACUGAAGAUUUGUGAUUUUGGAUUGGCACGAGUUGCAUUCAACGAUACCCCCACAACAAUCUUUUGGACGGAUUAUGUUGCGACAAGAUGGUAUAGAGCUCCAGAGCUCUGUGGUUCCUUCUUUUCAAAGUAUACACCCGCCAUUGAUGUCUGGAGCAUCGGAUGCAUCUUUGCUGAGGUCUUGACAGGAAAACCUUUGUUUCCUGGUAAAAAUGUUGUACAUCAGUUAGAUCUGAUGACUGAUCUUCUGGGCACACCAUCUAUGGAUACAAUCUCUCGGGUCCGGAAUGAGAAAGCAAGGAGGUAUCUGAGCAGCAUGAGAAAGAAAGAGCUGAUUUCAUUUUCGCAUAAAUUUCCCAAUGCAGAUCCUUUGGCCUUAGACCUGUUGCAAAGGCUUUUAGCGUUUGAUCCAAAGGACCGCCCAACUGCUGAAGAGGCAUUGUCUCAUCCGUACUUUAAAGGGCUUGCCAAGGUUGAGAGAGAACCAUCCUGCCAACCAAUCACAAAAAUGGAGUUUGAGUUUGAGCGUAGAAGAGUGACAAAAGAAGACAUAAGGGAGCUUAUAUUUCGUGAGAUAUUGGAAUACCAUCCACAAUUGCUCAAAGACUACACCAAUGGAACUGAAAGGACAACCUUUCUAUACCCAAGUGCUGUUGAUCAAUUUAGGAAGCAGUUUGCUCAUCUUGAAGAAAAUAGUGAGAACGGCCCUGUAGUUCCAAUGGAUAGAAAGCACACCUCUCUUCCUAGGUCUACUAUUGUUCACUCAGCUCCAAUUCAUGGCAAGGAACAACCCCGUAUUGGCCCAUCAAGGGAUAAGCCUUCGCCUGACGAGUCUUAUAAAAAUCAUCGAGAUUCAGAAAAAUAUUCUGGCAAUGUCCAGAGAACCUCACAGGCUCCACAAAGAGUGCCAACAGCAAGACCAGGAAGGGUUGUUGGUCCAGUUCUGCCUUACGAAAAUGGUGGCAUGAAGGAUACAUAUGACCCACGAAGAGUGGCAGCAAUGAACUCCGGUUAUCCUCCCCAACAACAAAUCCCGCAAAUAUACGGUUAUUAUCAGACACCGGCAAAGUCAGCUUGCUCCGAGCCAUCGCAGGCCGAAGUGUAUACGCUGCACCAGCAGGCCUAUGCUUGCGCAAACAGUUCAACUGUGCCUGAUGUUGCUCUGGACAUGAGAGCACCUCCCUUCCAUCAGUCAGCAGGGCCGAAAAGGGGUUCUUCUGAUAGGCUAUCAGCGGAAUCAAACCUAUACUCGAGAUCCCUUAAUGGCAUAGCUCCAACUACAACAGGAGUGGCGGCAAGUACUCACAGGAAGGUCGGCGUUGUUCCCUACGGUAUGUCGCAGAUGUAUUAGUGGCCAGUCAGGCGCAUCCGACAUGCCUUCCUGGAGUGCGGCUGGUGGCUUAACGAAACAGCGAGAAACGAAGUGGCGGAUCAAGCUUGGGUGGGGAUGCCACAAGGUUUACAGCGCAGGGCAGCCCGGGGUUUGAUGUAUGUUUGCUGUCUGAUCUGGAAGCGUGUGAAGCUCUUCGUUCUGUUUCGGGCCAUCAGCUUGUUGUAUCUGCCUGUGUGCACACUGGAUGGGGGUGGGUAGUCAGUCCAGUGGCUUGUAAUCUGAGCUAUUUAGGCGCCGGUUACUUUUUCUAGGGCGAGGAGACAGAAGGGAAAGGAAGGAAUGCUAACCCGUUUCCUGUUGUAUAGAGAUGUUUGUCAUCAAUGUGCAACUUCAGAAAGAUAUAUAUAAACUUAUAAAGCACACUUCUGCUGCA